AUGAAAGAAGGUGAACUCGUGGAUCCCGAUUCGGGAAUUAAUGAAAAGACUGAUUAUCCACCAUCCUAUGAACACGCGGAAAAGCGAGAGGGCGCACCUAUUGAUCUAGAGCAUCGUGGGGAUAAUGAACUCAAUACCGUUUUUCAGAAUCCCCUGGCUGGGUUCUCCCGUGAACAACUUUUCGAAAAUGUCGAAGCCUUCUGCAGGAAGUUCGACCUUAUGGAUGACCUUGAAACCUUCAAGAAAGGAGCACUGAUCUCACAAAAUCCCGAAGAUGGACCUACAUUGCCUGAGCUAAGCGCAGAUGAGAAAAAUGCUCUUGUUCGCGAGCAUACGCACAAGUGGAAUCAACCAUGGCAGUUAUAUUGGCUUGCAAUUAUGUGCUCUCUUGCGGCUGCCGUACAGGGCAUGGAUGAAACGGUGAAUAAUGGUGCCCAGGCAUUCUACUUGAAGCACUUCGGAAUCGAGAACAGUGAUAAUCUUACCGGCCUCGUCGUCGGCGCACCCUAUCUAGCAUGUGCUAUUUUGGGCUGCUGGCUCACUGAACCCAUGAAUCGAUACUUCGCUCGUCGUGGUACAAUCUUCAUUUCUUGCUUUAUAGCAGCCGUUGCCUCGAUCUGGGAAGGUGUUGCCAACUCAUGGGUGAAUCUAUUCAUUGCUCGCUUCGUGUUGGGCCUCGGGAUUGGCUCAAAGUCAACUACAGUCCCCGUCUAUGCAGCUGAAUGCUCACCUGCUCCGAUCCGUGGUGCAUUAGUCAUGAUGUGGCAGAUGUGGACAGCAUUCGGAAUCAUGCUGGGCAAUAUCAUGGGCGUGGCAUUCAUGAACACUGGUGAUGAUCUCAACUGGCGUCUCAUGCUGGGCUCAACAGUUGUUCUACCUCUAAUUGUCUGUGCCCAGGUCUAUAUAUGCCCUGAGUCCCCAAGAUGGCUCAUCCAGCAUGGCAAGAUCCAUAAAGCCUACGAGAACUUCAAAAUCCUUCGCUCAACGGAGCUACAGGCAGCGCGGGAUCUUUACUACGCCUAUGUUGGUGUAGAACUAGAGCGUGAAGUUAACAAAGGAAAGAACUUCUUCACUAUGUUCUUCGAGCUUUUCACCGUUCCACGUAACCGUCGAGCCACUCUGGCAACCUGGAUUGUCAUGUUUAUGCAACAGUUCUGUGGAGUCAAUGUCAUUGCCUAUUACUCUACUACAAUCUUCGUGGACUCCGGAUACAGCACCUCUAAUGCGCUGCUGGCAUCUAUGGGAACCGGCAUCCUCAACUGGGUCUUUGCCCUACCUGCUGUUUUUACAAUUGAUACAUGGGGUCGUCGCAACCUUCUCCUCUUCACUUUUCCAUUUCUAGCUAUAUUCUUACUCUGGUCGGGAUUCUCGUUCUGGAUAGACGCUAAUGAUGGUCACAAAAGAAUUGCAAUGGUUACAACAGGGAUGUAUCUAUUUGAAGUCUUCUACUCCCCAGGAGAAGGGCCUGUCCCAUUUACCUAUUCGGCUGAGGCUUUCCCGCUACAUGUCCGAGAGGUUGGUAUGUCGUGGGCAACUGCAACUACCUGGUGCUUUAACUUUAUUUUAUCCUUCACCUGGCCUCAUCUACUGAGAUCAUUCAAGCCCCAGGGUGCCUUUGGAUGGUAUGCAACAUGGUGUCUUAUUGGAUGGGUCCUGAUCUUGCUUUUCGUGCCAGAGACUAAAUCUCUUACCCUGGAGGAACUGGACCAGGUCUUCUCUGUUUCAACGAGAAAACACGCUUCAUACCAGCUCAAAAACGCUGCCUGGCAUUUCCGCGUUUGGAUCCUUCGACAAAAGCUGGAGCCCUUGCGCCCGUUUUACCGAAAUGCCGAGCGUCUCGCCGAGGUGGGCGAUACCGCAACAAACUAG